AUGGCACGUCUCGCUCCUUACAUUGAACAACAUAAGGAUUACCAGGGUCCAGGAGAUGCCCGCCCGACAGCUAUUCAGGUUGUAGAAGAUCAGGGUCUUGUCUCGAGCCCCUCAUGGACUGGUAGAGUUGUUCUUAUCACAGGCUGUUCGCCUGGCGGACUUGGACUCGAGACGGCAAAGGCCAUUCACCUAACGGGAGCUGACGUCUAUGCAACUGUUCGAGAUGUGACCAAGGGCAAGCAGAUUGCUGAAGAGAUUUUGGCCGAUGGCAAGCCUGGAAAGGUUGACAUCAUUGAAAUGGACUUGGCUUCAUUGAAAAGUAUUCGAGCCGGAGCAGAAGAAUUUCUUCGCAAGAGUGGCAAUAAACUCAAUGUUCUGAUUAACAAUGCUGGAAUCAUGGCAUGUCCCAAGGGCAAGACCGAAGAUGGAUUCGAGUUGCAGUUUGGCACAAACCACCUAGGCCAUUUCUAUCUCUUCCACCUAGUUAAGGACGCUCUCCUGGCCUCCGCAAGCCCUUCGUUCAACUCUCGCGUCAUAUCGGUAUCUUCCGCCGCCCACCGCCUUGGUGAAAUCAACAUCGACGACCUUAACUUCGAAAAGAUCGAGUAUACUCCGGUUAAGGCUUAUGGUCAAUCCAAGCUUGCCAAUGUCUACUUCGCGAAUGAAUUAGACCGGAGAUACAAGUCCCAAAACCUGCGGGCUUUGAGUUUGCACCCGGGGGGUAUUCUCACGAAUCUGGCGAGAUAUAUGCCUACCACCCAAGAGAUUCUCGAUGAUCCAGGCAUCUCAAAGAUGCUGAAGAAUCCCGCCCAAGGAGCGGCGACCACUGUUUGGGCUGCUAUAGCGAAGGAAUUGGAGGGCAAAGGGGGGAUUUACCUUGACGAUGUUGCCGAAGCUGAGGAGACUCCACCAGGAGCGCCUUAUUACGCGAGCGGCUACAAUGUGUGGGCUUUCAAUCCCGCUGCUGAGGAGAAACUUUGGGCUGUCAGCUUGAAGUUAACAGGUUUAAGCGAGUAA